CAUGGAGAAUUCAUAUAUGAAAUAAUGUUUUCCCGAAACAGAUAAGUAAUUGGUCUCGCGCAUCGCCUCGCUGGAAUAAUGCGUUUUACACGAUUACUCCAAUUAAUAAUGUAACGCUACGCGUUCGAAGAAGGUUCUCGCGGUCAGCGGGUGGCGUCGCCACUGUGCAGCGGCCACGACGAGUACGACGACACGGCUCGCCGCGGAGCGGCGGCGGCGGCGGCGGCGGCCGAGCCGGGCCGAGCACGGCCGAGCGGGGCCGACUCGCACGCGUAUUUCGCGACGCGACGUGCUACCGUGCGACUACCCGUCGUACUCCUGUGUUUUCCCGUUUUUCACGCGCCUCCGCGUUGUGACCGUCCGCGUUUCGCACGCGUCCAAUGCCCGUCAGCCGCGUACGACCGGUGACGGCGCGUCCGCGCGCCUCCCGCCGAUUGUGAAAGCCCUGAAAAACCGCGGCGUGCCGCCCUCCCCGCGCGCUCGUUCGUUCGUUUCACACAUACACAUACACACACACGCGCACACGGGUGUACGGUGUGUACGACGGUGGUGUGUGCUCGACAGAAGAGGAGGCAUGGAGUGCGUUCAGUGCGCCCGUUUCAAAUCGUCACGGGCCGUUACCUCAGCCCCGCACGCAGCAAGGUCGCAGCGCAAGCCCGAGACGGCCGAUGUCGCGAUCGACGAUGACCGUAGGUGCGCGUGAGGUAACGAAAUGGCGAGGAUGAGCAACAGGCCCUUUUCCCCGAACGAGUCGAUCCCUCGCGGAAAGAACGCGGUAAUCCGAGGAAGAAAGAAACAUAAGCGCGGGCUGCCGGAUGCACUGAGGAUCCUGCGGCAGGAAGCGGAAGUCGGCGGGCAGAGGGAAGAGACGUCACUCCUCUAAGGACGGAAUCACGAUGGACGAGAUACGCGGCUCGCCGUCGUCGUCGUCGUCGUCGUCGUCGUCGGCGGUUCGUCGUCUCUCGCAGAUUCUCGACCCGAUCACGCGGCUCGCCGGCGACUUCGGCUCCAACUCGGCGCCGUGCAGCCCGCGGCUGGGCGCGCGAGUGCAAGACACCGCCGCCGGCCCCGCCGUCGUCGGUCAGUCGGGCCCAGCCGCCGCAGCCACCGCCGGUGUUCCAUCUUCGUCGCGAGCAGGUACGAGUGGCGCCGGGUCGGCCGGCGGCUCCAGUUCCGGACCCGAUAGCCCGCGAUUGUGGCCGCGACAGUUUCGACAGGCCCCAACGCCACCGCCACGGCCUAGGCACGUCGGCGGCGCUGUCAGCACCGCCAGUACCUCCAUCAGUGUCUCCGCGAACAUUAAUAACAACAAUAACAACAACAAUGCGGGAAGUGGCGUCGACGGCGGCAGCGCGCAACCGUCGGUGGUGCACGUGAGAGACUCGCCCUACGUCAAUGUGCCGAAUCUCUUCUUCCACAAGGACAAGAGCUUUGCCGACAGUGCCAGGAGCGCCGGUUACAUGGAGCUUCGCGAGAAGCCCAAGUGCAGCCCGUACGACUUCACGUCUGAAUCGAGCGGUCACGUGGAGUACGCGGAUAAGAGAACGUUCAUCACGCCAGUUCAGUCCGACUUGACCUACGAUGUUGGAAAGGAAUCAGGCAGUCCCCUGUGUAGGGGAAGGUCGAACUAUGACCCGGGGCCUUCCAGUGGCAGAGGUCACUUUGACAGGGCGUUUUCGUUCUCCGGCAGGCAACCGCCGGAGCAACUGUCGGCAUCGCGAAUAUACGAAACGGGCAGAUUGUUCGUCGAUCCGAGAGCCACCGGUGGCAACGUUGACCUGAAGAGGGAGAAGCUGGACGUCAAGCCGCCUUACAGCACCUCCAAGAGCUUCGACGGAUACACGACGGCAGUGACGGAGGAGCUCAAUUGGCAGGAGAGAUGUCUGGAGUUGCAGCUGGAACUGCAUAGGAGUAGGAGUCAGGCGACCAGGGUCAGGGACAUGCUCCGAGAAAAGCUCUCGGAACUCGAGCAGCGGGUGUUGGAGGCGGAGGGCAGGGCGGACGAAGCUGAGGACAAGGUACGGAUGAUGGAGGAGCGGCUAGUGAAGGGUGAGUACUGUCUCAGCACAUCCGGCGUUGGUUCACCGCCUCAUUCGCUGCCGUCGACCUCCGGUACGCAGAAUGACAAGAUCGAGGAGGUCCAUUGUGCCUGCAUUUCGAAGCUAGAGACUCAAGUCGAGGAACAGAGGCAGUUACGUCUGCAAGACGCUAGGCAAGUAGAAGCGAAAGCAGCGAGGAUAAAGGAAUGGGUCACUAAUAAGUUGAGGGAAUUGGAACAGCAGAAUCAACAUCUAAGGGAACAGAACAACAAGUGCAACCAGCAACUCGAAUUGUUGCGCAAUCAUAUAACAAAUAUUGGAAUCAAACCUCCCGCACCGACGAGAGCGUCGUUAUCCCUGGAAGUGGAUCCCGCCUUGCGUAUCGAUCGUAGACGAUCAGAAAGCUUGGAGCGUACCCCGCAGACGGCACCGGAGUGCGUCCAGAACAUCGUGGCGGAACCGCAAACGAGCACGAAGCACCGGAGACAUUUGUCUGCUUGCGGCACCAUCCAACGAGGAGCCGCGACCGCCAACAUGGACUCAAGUCUACUGUCUGAGGAGCUGGCCGCUGCAGUGGAGAACCUAGUGAUGCUGCCAAAUAUAUCCGGUGUUUCGGAGGCGAGCCGAGAUAGCGGAAGCUCGGAAGCGUUACACGACUAUGCUGAGAUAUACACGCCCAGUCGGGAGGGCAUGAACUGGCUGCAGGGAGGCGGACAAGGCCCUCGUCCACCAACUCCACCGUUGCACAGGUUUCCCAGUUGGGAAGCGAAAAUAUAUCAGGUAGCGGACGGUGGUCUUGGCAUCGGUCCUCCGACAAACGAGGAAUCUGCACCCUCCACGAUGACCACAACAAGUUCGAAGCAUUCUCAUGCUACUGGACACAACUUGACAGCGCACAACUCUCAAGGCUACUGCGAUAUCUCUGUUCCAGUAUACGCUACUGUCAAAGGACGUGCCAGUCAAAUCAGGUCCAUGCCUUUCGGUGAUAGUUCUGAUGAUAGUUCGGAUGGUGAGGAACAUCCAAAUCAAACCGAAACUAAUACAAGAAUCACCAAUAGUUCAUCCGACAAUACGGAUUCUUCCCUCGGUAGUGGAAGCAGUCCUUCAAAAAGCAUCAAAACAACUAGUAGCCUUAGUCCCGCAAAAAGAAGUUCCAGCGGAUCUCCCAGUAAAAGUGUGAAACAUACUUCUCUCGAAUCUGGCUUAUCUGAGGAUUAUGCAAUACCUCCAGAUGCACUAAGUUCGACAUCUCUAGAAUCUAGCAUGCCUAGUCUUCUAAUGCGCGUCUCUGGCGAAAGUCCAAAGAGACAGGAAUCGCUGGAGAAAACGGGUCAUCUGGCGAAAUUAGGAGGCAAGUUAAAAACAUGGCGGAAACGAUGGUUUGUGUUGAAAAACGGUGUGUUAACGUAUUGGAAGAGUCAAAAUGAUGUCAACCGGAAACCUCAAGGUCAAAUACUCUUGGAUGAAGUUUGCAGAAUAAAUAGAGCCGAAGGAGCUGCUACGUUCGAAAUAGCUACAGGAAAGAAGACUUAUUACUUGACUGCAGACUGCAUCGCUACGAUGGAAGACUGGAUAAGAGUAUUGCAGAACGUACAGAGGCGAAACGCAACAAAACUCUUGCUCAGUAGAGAAGAUAAUAAACCAACGAUACAAGGAUGGUUGACAAAAGUAAAAAAUGGCCACGCGAAAAAGUGUUGGUGCGUGCUCAUCGGCAAAAUGUUCCUUUACUUUAAGUGUCCCAGUGAUACGAAUCCUAUUGGCCAAAUCAAUAUGAGGGACGCUCGUGUGGAAGAAGUGGAACAUGUUUCGGAUAGCGAUAGUGAAGAGAGAGACGCCGAGUGUCCACACGAGAGAACAAUUGGCAUUUUUCCGACGCAUCAGGGCCCAACCUAUUUACUGAUGCCACAUAAGCAGGAUAAGGAUAAUUGGCUCUACCACUUGACAGUGGUAUCGGGUGGUGGACCGAGCGCGGGCACACAAUAUGAGCAACUGGUGCAGAGGUUAAUGGAAACCGACGGUGAUCCGAGCUGCGUGCUGUGGCGGCAUCCUUUGCUGUUACAUACGAAAGAGAGUAUCACGAGUCCUCUGACAAGCCUGACUUCUGAAACCCUGCAAACCGAAGCCAUAAAGCUUUUCAAGGCCUGUCAGCUGUUUAUGUCGGUGGCAGUAGAACAAGCAGGUAUCGACUACCAUGUGGUUCUAGCGCAAAAUGCAUUACAACAAUGCCUAGACCAACCUGAACUUCAAUCUGAAUUUAUAUGCGCACUGGUAAAGCAGACAAGUCGUCACACGCAACACCGUUUGGGCGUACAGGUAAAAAAGGCCGCCAGACUUGUGUCACUGGGUACUGCGCGCGUUCAGCUCCUCCUCUGCGCCACGCAAUCGCUCUUCACCUGCGAUACGCAAAGUCCCGCGGCAAAUGGCAGCGGUGAAAAUGCGGACGCGCAAUCAACGGCCUCGACUUCUCACAGUCCUCCGCUCACGCAGGGCCACUCGACCUCGAAUAUUUUGGACUGCAAAACUAAUCCCGCGCAGUACGUGCUUAUCCAGGGAUGGCAGCUCUUAGCGCUCGCCGUUUCCCUCUUCCUGCCCAAAAACAAUCGGCUACUAUGGUACCUGAAACUACAUCUGCAAAGAAACGCCGACAGCAAAACGGAGUGUGGCAAGUAUGCGGCUUAUUGCGAGAGAGCCGUGGAGAGAACGUUACAAAAUGGUGGUAGAGAAGUGAAGCCUUCAAGGAUGGAAGUACUGUCGAUAUUGAUGAAAAAUCCGUAUCAUCAUUCAUUACCGCAUGCCAUACCAGUUCACUUUCUGAACGGCACCUAUCAAGUCGUCAGCUUCGAUGGUAGUACUACGAUAGAGGAAUUUCUGACUACUCUGAAUCAGGAGAUCGGCUGCAGGGACGUUCAUCAAUCUGGCUUUACGCUAUUCAGCGAUGAUCCAAUUGAGAAGGAUCUGGAGCAUUUCAUCGAUCCAGAAGCGAAGCUAUGCGACAUUAUCUCAAAAUGGGAGACAGCGUUACGAGAAAAGGGUUCGGGAAAAUUCGAGAAUACUAGAGUUAUACAAUUGACAUAUAAAUCUCGUUGCUAUUGGCGGCAAGCUGCUAAAAUGGAAACGGACAAAGAAAGACUUUUGCUAUGUUAUCAAGUGAAUCAACAAGUUGUGCAAGGAAAAUUUCCGUUAAAUCGUGAACUUGCUUUCGAACUGGCGUCAUUAAUGGCACAGAUUGAUUUUGGAGAAUAUAAUAAUGAUAAAGCGCGCGGCAGUGGUCCCGGAAACAAUCCACAUCAUCUUGUACUUCAAGCUCUGGACAAAUUUUAUCCAAUACGUUAUCGAGCCAACAUUACCGCCGAUCAAUUGAGGGAACUGCAAGAAAAGUUGCAGGAAAAAUGGAUCGCAUUAAAAGGACGUAGUGUAUUGGACUGUGUUCGUAUAUAUCUCACAUGCACCAGAAAGUGGCCUUUCUUCGGAGCUACCCUGUAUCAAGCAAAACUGAAACAAACUGAUCCUGUGACAGUCUGGAUAGCGGUUUCCGAGGACAGUGUAACAUUACUUGAAUUGCAAACGAUGGCUGUCAUGUGCCGGUAUAAUUAUGCAAACAUAGUGACUUUUGGCGGCUGUUUGGAUGAUUUCAUGCUCGUGGCUUGUCCGGACGAAGGUGCGGCGGAACAAAAACUGCUUUUUGCACUCUCUAAACCCAAAAUUUUGGAGAUAACAUUAUUGAUCGCCGACUAUAUGAACGCAUUGGGCCAUGCAUUACCGGGUACUCCACAAAUGAAUACUCUAACACGCAAUGGAUCACAUCGGUCUAUCAAAUCUACUCUGAGACCUGCAACUGGUUCAAGCUGUCUUCCAACUCAACCUGAUAUAUUGAAAUCUACACCAGAUCACCAAAGACCUUAAUGAAAAGGCUGGUUACAUUAACUUUUUGGAAUACUAAUGAAAAUGUAUUUCUUGAACGCGGAAAUCUGUUUACAACGUAUAUUUCUGUUGUCGUUUGUAUUAUAUAAAAGCAGCAUAACAGUGCAGUAUUAGUAUCGUACACUGCGAUGUGCGGUGCGGUGCAUCAUCUCUUUUCUAGCGCAGUUAAAACACAGUCGCAGAAUCCUGUUUAUGUUUACGUCAUAUGUGUAUGUAAAUUAGCAUCGAUGCUUGUGUAAGAACGUAUCUGUGUAAAUAAUUUAACAAUAAGCACAAGAGUUAAUCACAUACGAUCGUGCUAGUGAUUUAUAAAGCAGCUGAAAUCGAAUCGAAUCGAUCUGUAACACUGCCUAACUAUCGUGCGCGAUUACACAUCGAAUAGUUUCAUCCCGCGGCUAAGUAUUGUGCUGAGACUUUUGCUACGUAUUUAUACAUAUAUUAAAUUAAAAAAUAAUACAGAAAACGAAAAAGAACGUAAAGUAUUGCGUAAUAGUGAUGUACUCACUGUAUCGUGUAUAUAUUAUUCAAAGUUAUUAAAUGUUUAGGAGUAUAUUUGGAAUGACACAGCGAUACGUUCUUUCCCAAUUUUAUUGAGCAAAAUAUCUCCUGCAUUAAUGUUAUCGUUGCGUACAUAUAAUUCGUAACGUAAUUCUAAUUCUAUCAAAGAGUUGUUUCCUUUUACUUAAUGGAUUAAAAUCCAUUUCAUUUAAAUUUACUGUAUUAAAAUAAAUUAAUUUUUUAUAGAUUUUUUAAUUCAAUUGAAAUUCAAGUUUUAGAUUUAAUACAGACCUGAAUUGCGUGAAUGAAAAAUUUAAAUUAAAUUGAAAAAUGGUAUAUUUUAUAAUUUGAAUUUAUUCAAGAUUAAAUUCGAUUUUGUGAUAUAUUUGAACAAGCAAAGGAAAAUUUAAAUCAAAAGAGAGAAGAUAAUUUUAUUUCAAUAAUUUACAUAUUGCAGGAUACUAAAUAGACCUAAUAAACGUUAGUAUUUUACAUUUCGUUUAUUGACAAGAAAAGAGACUGACUAUUUAUCUUUUUUCUUAUUGUCCAAUAUGUAAGGUUACUCACGAAAUCGAUCGGUAAAUGAAAAAUCUAAUACUCAUAUUUACUUCGAUAACAGCUACUAGUCUCAUAUCUGAUAUUUAUUUAAGGUAUAAGUAAUUACACAUGGUCUUUUUCUUUUUUUUACAGAUACACGACCAAAUAGAUGUAAUUGGGAACGUAAUUUACUAUUUAUUAAUAUUAACGUUACGUUCCUGCGCGUAAUACGUGUGCAACAUUGUGUAUUAAAACAUACGUAACGAUUAUCGCGUUGUCUAUAUAUACAUAGAAAGCGAAAGAACGAGAUAAUGACCGAAAGAAAGAGAAGUUUUGUACUCACGUUCGACGUGUCCUACGUAACUAGUAAACGUCUUCCUUCUAGCGGUUACAAAUUAUGAACUGAAAGUAGGGCUUUCGUGCAAUACGUACAAGACUUCUACGGUUUUGUAAUUUUUGAGAUUACUAUGCGUGUGAGUCCCGAAUGAAAUAGCGGAUUUCAGUUUUUGAAGGAUCUCCGCAGGAUGUCUGGAAGAUGUAUGAAAAAUCUUUCAGAUAUCUUUGCAAUUUUCUUUCAAUAUCUAGAAAUGUAAAUGGCGCGGCGCGUAUACUCGGCUUCAUUUAGCACGUUGUGAAUGUUUGUAUGAGUAAUUCGAACCUCAGACUAUUGAGAGCAGUACAAAGAUAUGCAAGAACGACAUUUUGUCCUUAAUUUUUAUAUAAUAUAUCGAAUGCUAUCGCGUGGGUGACUAGCACCUGUAUAUCGUGACAUAGUUAAGAGAAUCUUAUGCGUAUUAUACUCACUUAUUUAUGUAAAUAUCAUGAGGACAAACUUGCGUUUCUAAAAAGUUAGUAGAAUCAAAAUAGGCAGCUAGAAAUUUACACAAUCGAGCUCUAUCUGGAUCGCAUUCUACCGAGCCUAUCUCACAUCUUACAUUUAUAUUUAUUAUUUAUUCGUAUGAAAAAAAGCGAGACAAAUGGAAAACAUUGUGUACUAUUGUGUACAGAGCAAAUAAACUGCACAUUAAUACAA